UUCCGCUGCUUCUCCGGUGUAGAGCUUAGGUUCAGGCGAGCGUUCUCUCCCCGAGUUUGGCUGUACUUCUCCAGGAGUGUCGAGCCCGCGGAACCGCCGUCAUGACUGAGGCUGAUGUAAAUCCGAAGGCCUAUCCCCUUGCUGAUGCCCACCUCACCAAGAAACUAUUGGACCUCAUUCAGCAGUCAUGUAACUACAAGCAGCUUCGGAAAGGAGCCAAUGAGGCCACCAAAACCCUCAACAGAGGUAUCUCUGAGUUCAUUGUGAUGGCUGCAGAUGCUGAGCCACUGGAGAUCAUUCUGCACCUCCCACUGCUGUGUGAAGACAAGAAUGUGCCCUACGUGUUUGUGCGCUCCAAGCAGGCCUUAGGGCGGGCCUGUGGGGUCUCCAGGCCUGUCAUUGCAUGUUCUGUCACUAUCAAAGAAGGCUCACAGCUGAAGCAGCAGAUCCAGUCCAUUCAGCAGUCUAUCGAAAGGCUCUUAGUCUAAACCUGUGUGACCUCUGCCACACUUGCCCUGCUGACUCCUCCCCUUGAGCUUGUGUAUCAUAUUGUUUGUGUUAGCAUGUAGUAUUUUCAGUUACUUUCUGUUGUUAUAAAAUAUUGUACUAAAUCUGG